UGUUAUGUUCAAACUCCAGUCAUUGACUACUCCAUGCUCAUCUCCAAUGAUUCUCUCAAAAGCUCUCAAGCUGUCAGUGACCUCAAUCAAGCUUGCCUCAACUAUGGCUUCUUCACUGUGACAAAUCAUGGGAUCCCAGAUAGCCUGAUAGGUAGUGUUACCAGUUGGCUUUCCAGAUUUUUUCAUCAGACGGACGAGGAGAAGCGACGGUAUGCGACAAAUGAUCCGACGGAUAGAAUCAGAUUCAUAUUGGGCGGCGUAACCAAAAGAGAGCUUCUCCACAUGAGGACACAUCCCAAUUUCCACUGCCCAACAAAACCUGACGAUUCCAUGGUUUUGCAAGAGUAUAGUGAGAGAAUGCGAGAGAUGGGCAUCCAAUUGCUUAGAGGGAUCUCAAAAUCUCUGGGGCUUGAAGAAUGCUACAUAGAAAAGAAAGUGAAGUUGGAAUCUGGCUACAAUAUUUUGGGACCAAAUUUUUAUCAAUCUCUGUCGCGUUGCUCGGAUGAUAAGAAUCAGAUUGGGCAGUUUCCUCAUCGAGACCCUGGUUUGCUUGUGCUCAUCGCACAAAACGUGGGUGGGGGGCUUCAGAUAAAGCACCAAGGGAAGUGGCUCAAUGCAGAUUUUCCUCCUAGUUCCAUUGGUGUCCUUGUUGCUGACAAUAUAGAGAUUCUUACCAAUGGGAAGUACAAGAGCUUGUUGCACCGGGUGGCUUUAAACACAGAAGUGGAAAGGUUGAGUUUACCCUUCUUCUUUGGACCAUCAUUGGACGCAACUGUGAAGCCUGAACCAGAGUUUGUAGACGACCAUAACCCACCCUCUUAUCGUCAAAUGACUUACAAAGAAUACUUGGAAUCCAAUUCUCAGUACCAUGUGAUCGAAGCAAAAGCAAACUUGAUCAAUGAGGCUCUGCUCUAG